AUGGAUGUAUUAGCCCUCACCAUAUAUGGCAUUGUCUUGUUUCCCAAAAUAGAAGAAUUCGUGGAUUACACCGCAAUAGACGUCUUCGUGGCAAGUAAAACCAGAUCAGAGAAUCCUGUAAUAGCAGUUCUUGCAGAUGUUUAUGGGACCUUGAGUUUUUGCCAGGAGAGAAAGGGAAAGAAGAUUCUUUGUUGUUUACCGGCGUUGUAUACAUGGAUGACAGCGCGCGUGUUUAAGGAGAUGGUCGACGUCAAGAGUCUAUCGGAAACUUUGUCACACCAAGGGCUUAAAGGUAAGGGAGGAAACGAUUGUGCCCGAUUCCUUGCUGGCUUGAGCGAAAGAAGUAUAAAAUGGCGCCUUCCUUGGCUCAGAAAUAAACUGGCUAUACAGCAUUGUGGUAGCUUUCCUAAUGUGCCUCUCAUAGGUGCCCGGUACUGUAUCAAUUACAACCCCCUUUUGGUGCAAAGACAAUUCGGGCAUCCCAUGAGAGGGGCACCUUCAUCAGAUUACCUUGCUACCCUAUUCAUUUAUUACGAAGACGGGCAUUUCAUCGAACUGUUAAGAAAGGUUAAAAGCGCCUGGGAAAAUGUUGUUCGAGCAGAGAAGGACUUGAGGGAUGGAGUAGUGGAUAGCAGGGUUAGUUAUCACACCUGGAUUCUGGAGAGAGUGAAAGUAGUCAAGUUGCCUUUCAAGCCAAUCAAGGAUCAAUCAGCUAGUGAAGGACCAUCCCAAGCCCCAGAAAGUGAAGAGGUGCAACAAUUGAAGGCUGAGAUGGAGAAAUUGAAGGUGAGGAAUGCUAGGUUGGAAAACGAAUUACAAAGGGCGCGUAAUGAUCUUAUGGAUAUGAGAAAUGAUAAUGAAGAAAAGUCACGGGCUUAUGAAAACAUUGUCAAAAGCUAG